GAAUACAACUCCGACUAAUUCUCUGAGUAAGAUUAAAGGAACACUUCCGAAUCCUUCACCUUUUUAUCCAAAAGCUUGUACCGCUAUUCAUAUCUAUGAAAAGUAAGGCACAAUGUUGCCGAGCUCGAGAAUGAGGACUCUCCUCAUAUGUGUUUGCAUGACCAUCCUGUACAACUCAAUCUCUGGAGAUUGUAACAAAGCAGCAGUGAGAAAUGCUCUGAUACGAGACAACAAUUUGGCUGAGGAAGAGGAAGUGGUGAUUUAUUUGGUACUGAUUUAUCAAGCUCGUUUUUUUAAUAAAAUAGGAGUGAACAAUGGAAUGGCGGGAAACAAUUUGCCUACCCCAGAGCAAGCAGUAGCUUUGAUGCAGAACAACAAUAUUGGAAAAUUGAGGAUUUUUGAUGCACAGCCUGAUACACUAAAGGCCUAUACUAAUUCCGGCAUUGAAAUUAUUGUGAGCGUCACUAACGAUGAAUUGCAGAACAUCUCCUCCAGCCAAGAAGUGGCAGAUAAGUGGGUUAAGGACAAUAUUCAGGCGUAUUAUCCUGCCACCAAUAUAAAAUACAUUUCUCUGGGUGAACAGGCUCUGGAAACGCCUGAGUAUGGAACGUAUGUUCUUUCGGCCUUGAAUAACAUUCAACUUGCUAUUGAGAAGGCCAACCUGCAGGAUAAAAUCAGGGUCUCCGCCACUAAUGGCAGGGCAGUUAUACCCGCUUCCUUCUUUCCAUCGAAGGGAGCUUUCAGCGAUAGUGUGAAGGACAGGAUGCGCUCUUUUCUGCAGUUUCUUGAAGAUCACGGAUCCCCUUACAUGGCAAAUGUUUAUCCCUUUUUUGGGUACCUCGAAAACACCAGCAUUAGUUUAGAUUAUGCUUUGUUCAAAUCCACGGCUCCGACUGUGAGAGACGAAGGUAGGAUAUACAGCAACUUGUUUGAUGCCUUAGUGGAUACCAUCUAUUCGGCCAUGGAAGCCCUGGGAUUUACGGACAUACCAAUUGUUGUUACUGGUAGUGGAUGGCCGUCUGAUGGAACUGGAGAUAAUGCUCAUGUCGCUACCAUGGAAAAUGCCCAGACGUACAGCAAUAAUCUGAUCAAACAUGUGUUGUCUAAUGCAGGGACGCCUAAGAGACCUGGAAAAAGCAUGGAGGUUUUCAUCUUUGCUCUUUUUAACGAGAAUUUGAAAACAGGGGAUGAGACGGAACGUCACUUCGGCCUCUUCUACCCAAAUAAAACGCUUGUGUACCCUGUGAACUUUUAUCCUUAAAUGUUUAUCUAUUGUGGUCACUGUUAAGAUAAAUCAUAAUAGAAUUAUGUUUCUGUUAUAAACGCGUCAUUAGAUUUCCACUAGUUGUCAAUAGCAGCUGAGAGGUGUUCAAUUUCUAUCCAAACACUCGUAGUUCGCUGUCCAUAGUCUCCAUUUACCUAUCAACCUUCAUUAGUUUGCUGUCCAACUGUUAAGCAGAUUUACAGGCAAGUAGUUGUAUCUUUGUUUAUAUAAAUAUGUAUCACUUGAUGAAUACAUGUCUACCGAGUUCUUCAGCUA